GCCAUGUUGGAUUGUACCAAGUUCCCUCGAUGGAUAUGGGGGGUUCAGAGGCUCCUGGAGCAGUAACCCUUUAGCUCCUUCAUCCCUGACACACACACUCCAUCACUCGCCGCCCCUCUCUCCCGAACACACGGUCCCUCAGUGCGGUCUCUCAAACACGCCACAACCCUAUCCCUCCACAAGUGGGAGUUUCCGGUUGCCCAUGGUAACGCGGUCGGUUACUAGGGAACGGCUGUCACCCUGGGGAACGCGGCGACCGCCCAACCACCGCCGCCCGGCCGCUUUCAACCGCCCGGCUCGUAAUCGGAUUGGAGAUUUCAGAAAUAGAGAUGUGGCCCGGCCACUGCCCAUGGGGCAGAAACAUUGAGAGCAGCGCCAAGAACUUGUAUGGCCAACGGGGAACACGGCUGCGAGUGUAGUCGUAGAAGCUCUGAGAGAAGGCAGCAGGACACUGCAUUGGAUCCACGGCAGCAAUUCAGGGAGGACUUAGCACCCUUGCCUCUGAGAACCCAGUGGAUUAUUUACUGUUUGGGAAGGUUAAGGAAAGCUGAGUUGGCCUCAGAGCAGCGACUUCACCAAAGCCCAGUAAUAGUCCAACUCAGAGCUUGCAUUUGUUCUCCAGCGCAGAUUGAAUGAUCUGAAAGGGAAGAAAAAACACAUCAGAGUUUUUAAAAAAAAUUAUUUAUAUAUAAAUUUCAGACUUGGCUAGGUCUGAGUUACUGCCGUGCAGCGGGGAUUUGAUGGAAGCCCUCUCCCCGGGGCACAUGUCGAGUGCCAGCCUUCCCCCACUCCGUAACCUGCCCCAGUGGUCCCGGGUAGGGACCGUCCAGAAGAGCCGCUAUCCCCGCUCCUUCUUCCAGGACAAUGUCAAGCACCUGCCCUUGUCACCCAAUGCAAAGACACCCAAAAGUGAGGUCCCGCACCAGCUCAGCCCCCUGUACGAGCAGCGGGAUGUGGAUCCCAACCUGCGGGUAGUCACCUUGGAAAAGAAUCUGAAAUUCCUGCAGGAACAGCACUCGGAAACACUGGGCAAACUACACCAGGAAAUCGAACAGCUCAAACGGGCUAAUCAAGAUCUCCAUUUCAAAAUGAUAAUGAAUCAGAGGUUGACCCCUCAAGUUGGGAGUUCACUGUGCGUUAGUCCAACUGGUCCAAUCUCAGAUACUGCCCAAAUGAGUUCCAGAGAUCAUUCUACAGGUAGAAAGCAUUCUCAGAAAGGUAAUCAGCGCCGAGCUGUACAGCAAGAAGAUCGGGUCAAGGAGCAAAGGAUGGCGCUGAAAGAGCCACAGAAGCACAACUCUGCUCGGCGAAAACUCUCCACAGAGGCAGCUAACAGGAGGAACAAUGGAUCUGAAGCCUCACAGCAAUCCAGUUCAGUCUUACCUGUGCUGACUCUUCAACCAGAAUUAGAUGAGACACAGAUACUUGUUACAUCACUCACUCCCCUUUUGAUCCAGAUAGAUCCUUCAGGAUCACCUCGAGCUCCAACAUUGCAGGAAUGUGCAAUCAUCGUCCAACACUUGCAUAAUACCAACAGCUUACAGUCUCAGGAGCUCCUGCGUUUGAAGACGAGUUUGAAAGACCUGCUAUACUCCAACAAAUGGACUCCGGAUGCCUACCUCCUUGCUAAGGCUUACCUAGCUGAUUUGAGUCAGGACCGGGAUGUUGUGCAGCUUCCCAAAGUGCCUUUGAAAGAACCACCAAAAAAACUGCCUGAAACUGUGCUACCGACAGCAGAUAGAGUCAUACUUCCUGCACUGAAGAAUACAGUGGGAAACCGAGCCACAGAGAGACAGAGGCGAUUGCAGGCCGUGCAGAAGAACCGCUGUCGGAAGGUUCUGCUGUAGUACUCCGAGUCAAUGAGAGACUCCAGUGCACAGAAGCUCUAUGGUCACUAAAUUUAUAUCUGCACUUAAUAAUCUGACACACAUGCACUCUUGUGGACAUUGAUAUGAAUGGACUGACUUUGUGCAUUUGUUCUACAGGGAAACCUGCUUUACUAUGCAUUAAAAUAUUCCUUAAACUAGCCCUAAAUCCCAUCUUGUACAUGAAUACUAAUAUCAAUACAGAUAACCUUUUAUAAGCAGGUACAGCAGAUGGCAGCAACCAACACGCCCUUGCCUAGCUGGUAGGUCAGAACCUGUGAUCUGUAUGAACAGAUAGUUGCCAAAGCAUAAUUCCAUCAAAGCAGCCUGGAUAUGAUUGGUGUCCAACUUAAUGGCAGCUGACAGAGGGAGAGUUGAGAGAUCAUGCCACACUUCUGGGAGUGGUCUGUGUUCCUUCUGGAUUACAUGCUGUUAAGGCAGGCAAUAAUUCUAAAACAGGCAAUCAGUUGCAGUAAGAGGCAAGGUGGCAUCUGCAGGCUCUGCAGAAAAUGGUGGAAAUGGAAUAAUUACACUGGUAUCAGGCUGAUUAUAAAUUCAUGUUCCUCAUUCUGUCAGGGUGUGUGUGUGUAAUAACAAUGUCUGAACAGGUAUCCACAGACUACAGGGCUCCGAUCACUUUGAUGGGUGAUCAGAGGUACUUAUUCAGCCAUUGCAUCAAUGGAUGAUGUUGGAGACAUGGUUGAAGAUGAUCCAGAGUGGAAAUUCAAUGUAACAGGUUAUGAUGGGAGCAAGCUAAGAAAUAGUAAUGGUAGCCUUAGUGGUUAUGAUUUAAAUCAUUUCACCAUUAACAUUGGUAUAACAGGAGGUAAGUAUAUAAUUGAGACAUUGCGCAUACAUUCCAGAGGUAGAUUGUAUAAAUGCAGAUGGUUUAACAGGAGAUUUUAACUUAAUACAGAUUGGGAUGAAUGUACCAACACAUGUCAGAAAGUUAGUGAAAUUCUUAAAUGGACAGGAUUUCUGUAACAAUUUGUCCAAGAGUCCAUGAGGAAUAAGCCAUUUUAGAAUUAGUAAUGGAGUAAUAAGCCAGACAGUCAUAACCUGAUCAAAUUUAAAGUAAUGUUUGAAAAGGAGAAGUAUGAAAUGGUUACUAAGGUUCUAGAUUUAAUAAGACUGACUUCACUGACUGAAGCAGAAUAUCCACAUGCAGGACACAUGCAGGCAGAGUAAAAUAAUCGAAGACGGUGGCUGGUUUUCCAAAAGAAUUCAAAGUGAGAUACUCUGUACUUUAACUGGUUCUAUCACUGCGAAAACAAAACCAUAGAUGACUAAAAUGAACAGAGACAAUGUAAAACUAAACAUGUACUGAAGAAAAAAAAAAGUACAAAUUCUAACAAAAGGAAAGAUGAUGGUUACAGUAAAGGACAACAGAACAGAUAGUAACAGCAACAAAAAUGACACAUGGAAAACCCACAGAAGAUGAAACAUUUUACAAUUCUAUUAAGAAAAAGAGUAGUCCGGAACAUUGAUGACAACAAGCUGGUGACAGUGAAAUUACAGAAAUAGUGAAGAUAUUUUAGAAUUAUUUGGCAUUGGUGUUUGCAGAAAUGAAUGAGGGCAGAAUGCCAGCUAUUCUGCAAAACUAAUACUGAAUUAGAGUCAGUCACCAAACACUAACCUGAACAAAAUAACAAAUGAAGAAAAGGAAAAAGAUAAAGGAAAAAAUACAUGAGAGAGAAUAAAAAGGAAAAAGAAAAGAGCGAACAAGCUCUGGCUGGGGCAUCCUACUCUGCUACUAUCAUGUUGUAGCCUGAAGAGAUGGUAGUGUACUGGUAAUGUAACCGGACCAGUAAUCCUCACCUCAAUCACUGCUGAUGUGGGUUCAAAUCCCACCAUGUAAUUGGUGAAGUUUGAAUUCAAUGAAUGGCUUGGAGGCUAGUCUCAAUGGUGACAACUCCAAUUGUGGGUUAUGUGACAAUGCUUGAAGAGGUUUUUUUUUAUAUAUGGGUG